AUGGCAUCCAAAGAAGCAACGGUGUAUGUGGUGGAUCUACACGAGUCCAUGGGUCGGGAGAUGGCCCGUGGACAUGACUCCAAAGAGGUGACUGAUCUUAACUGGGGUCUUCAGUACAUUUACAGCGAAAUUUCCAACAAGAUUCUGUCUGGCCGAAAGACCGACGUCGUUGGACUGGUUGGAGUGCACACAGACACGACACAGAACAUGUUUGAGGAGGAGUCAGGGUUUGAACAUAUUGACAUCAUCACCCCCAUCCAGCAGUUCAACCUCGACACGCUGCUGGAGGCCAAAAAGCAGCUCGUGCCCAACUCCGACAACAAAGGCGAUCUCAUUUCGGGCAUUGUUGUUGCCGUUCAGAUGAUCAAACUGUACACCAAGGCUCUCAAGUACAUCCGGAACAUUGUUGUUCUCACCAACGGCCAGGGUAACAUGAACCUGGGGGAUUCUGGAGGAAUUAUCAAGCAAUUGAAUGAGAAUAGAAUCAUACUCAAGGUCAUGGGAGUCGACUUUGAUGAUGAGGAGGUGGAUUACUUUGAGGAGGACAAGCCAGAACACAAGAGAGAGAACGAACUCAAGCUCAAGGAGUUCGUUGAUCGAUGUGAAGACUCCGUCUUUGCUACAUACAAGGAGGCCCGUGAUUCUCUGGAUAUCCCCAAGGUCAAAGCCGUCAACCCUGUGCGCGCUUUCCAAGGCAAUCUUGUGCUGAGUGACCCUGAACAACAGCCUCCCCAACGAGUCAUGUCCAUUGGUGUUGAAGUAUUCCCCUGUACACGACGCGCAACUGCCAUGACUGCUUCCAGUUACGCCAUGAGCAAAAUUGAGCCUGCUACGAUUUCUACUCCUAGCCAGAACAACCUUCAGGCUGUCAAGUGGGACAGACAGUACUAUGUAAACGAUGAAAGCGGGAUUGGCGGAAAGAAGGAGCUUGAUCGUGAUACUCUGGAAAAUGGGUACCGAUAUGGCUCUGAGAUUGUGUACAUUACAAAAGAGGAAGAAGAGGCCAUCAUGUUUCCUACUUCUGCAAGCUUGCAAGUUAUUGGAUUCGUCAACAAGAAAUCUGUUCCUCCUUACAUGCUCAUGGGCCAUACAGACUACAUCAUUGGCCAGAGAGGCAACAACCGUGAUGCAGUUGCAAUCUCAGCUUUCGCUCGUGCACUGUUUGAGACUGACAACUUUGGUUUGGCUCGGUAUGUUAACAAGGAUGGAAAAGAUCCCCAGAUUGUUGUUUUGAUGCCCUACAUCAGGGCUGAGCUCGAGGGUUUAGUUUUCUGCCAGUUACCUUUUGCUGAGGAUGAGCGAAAGUUCAUUCUGCCUUCACUCACCAGUCUCGAGACGCGAUCUGGAAAUAAAACUGUCACCACCCAUUCGCGGCUACUUCCGACUAAGGAGAUGCUCGAUGCUAUGGACGACUAUGUUGAUGCAAUGGAUCUGUCCAAGCUGAAGGGCGAAGAUGACGAGCCCUGGCUAACCAUGGAAGAGUGCUUCAACCCUUCAAUCCAUCACAUCAGGAACGUGGUCAAAGAGUGUGCAGUGAGCCAAGACUACGGUAAGAUCCCUGAGCCUCUUCCCAUCCUCACGCGUUUCUCACAGCCUGCUGAGGAGCUCACUGAGGAGGCCAAACCCCAGCUGGAGCUUCUGAAGCACCUGUUUGAUAUCAAGGAGCAGUUUAGAGAAGCCAAGAAGCGAAAGACAGAAGUGACUGUUGGCCAGACUGGACUUGAUCUCGACGCUCUGCUUGAAGGUGAACUCGAAGUGAAGCUAGAGUCAUCUCAAACACUUAGCUCUAAUGUCAAGUCUGAGCCAGGUAGGCAGACGGCAUCUCAGUCAUCUCAAAACUCUCAACAGUUGUCGCUUGACCCUGAAAACAUCUGUCCAGACUUCAUCAGAACGCUCAACAAGAUUGAUACCAAGGCUACAAGUGAUGAGGAGUUCCGGUCAGGUGCUACCAAUCUGUACAAGCAGACUAUCACCCUAUUGGAAGAGAAGCUUGAGUCAUCCAAGGGAAAUGACGCGUACAAUGAGAUCAUCGGUGUGCUACAGACUAUGCGGGAACAGGCCGAUGAGAUGGAGAUUCCUGACGUGUUCACUGCUGCCAAGGGUCAGUUUGUGAGCAAGCUCGAAAGAGGAGAUUUGGGUGGUCAGAAGAAUGUUCUGGUUGCACAGAUCAACUCAAUUUAA